UAAAUUUUGCUAGUUAAAGACUUGAAUGUUCAAGACUGUUAUAUGGUUGUGUCUGAAAAGAGUGCUAAAAAGUUUAAAAUUAAUAGAUCAGAUGACAUAAUACACAACGUUUUAUGAUCGAAUAUUUAAUAGAUCAGUAUGAGUUUUAGGGGAAGACAAUCAUGGAACCCAGGAAAAGGUGGAGCAUCAAAUCAGAAAUCUGUAUCACAACAGGUCAUUGAUCAAGAGAAGUUGAUAGAAGAAAAGAAAAGACAAAUCCAAGAGAAAUUAGCAGCAGCAGCUCAACAACAGAAUGUAACAGACCAGUCAAAUACAGCAUCAGUACCUUCAAGUCCUAUGGUUGGUAAACUGCCAGGAUUAAAGAGGACAUCCUUUGCUAUAAUAAACCAAAGUCAACCUAAUAGUAAAAAGAAACUAUUAGAACAAGCUAUAAGAAAGUCCCAGCAGCCUUCAGCAUCUAUGACAAGUUCAUUGAAACCUAAACCAGUGAGAUUCGAACUUGGGAAUCGUUCCAAUUUGCCUAAACCUGAAGAGUUUGCUGAUAAUGGUUCAGAAAGUAGUUCAAAAGCUAUUUAUAGCCAACAGACAAAGACUAAUAGUUAUCCACAUCAACAAAACAUUUCUUCUAACUUCCCUGGUAAUGAUUAUAAUCUCCAUAGAAAUGAAUAUGGAACGGUGUCCAAAGUGAAAACUGAACAGACUUCUAAUACAUAUGGUUCAAGUGUUAACGCUUAUGGUUCACAAUCCAGUGUUAAUAAAUUCAGUUCUACAAAUGUUAAUGCUUAUGGUUCGCAGCCCAGUGUUAAUGAGUAUGGUUCUUCAAGUGUUAAUGAGUAUGGUUCUGCGAGUGUAAAUGAAUAUGGUUCAAGUGCGUAUGGUUCAUUGAAUGAAUAUGGUUCUGCAGCCCAUCAAGGACAAGCCAAUGAAUAUGCUUCUAGUAGAUCUGAUCACAGUAAAUCAUUAAGUAGUAUGAAACAAAUUAAAUCAGAAGAUGAAUAUGAUCCGUCUGCUCCAACAGAAGAUACACCAGAAAAAGAAGAGAGUAAACAGAAAUUACAAAUAUCAAUCCAGUCGAAAUCCAGUUCAUCAAAUAUCCAAAAGCGACCGACAGUGUCCCAAAAUCUAUCUUCUGUAUUUGACCAAGAUUUCAAGAUUAAAUCGGAAGUUUCUCCUACAGUAGAUGCUGACCUGAAAUCUACCAUUGAUGAACUGGUUGCCACACUGGUUAAAGGUGGUAUACUCAUGAUACAGAAAGUUAUGACUCAAUACAAGAAUGAUCCUAAAUAUUGGUUUUUAUAUAAAGAAGAUUCCGAAGCUCAUAAAUAUUUCUGUUUAAAGAUGCAGACAGCUCCACCUAAACAUGAUGGUAAUGAAGCUGAUAUGGAAGAGAAUGAUGAGUCCCAACAGAAGCGAGCUAAAAGAAAGAGAAAAAGCAGAUGGGGAUCAGAUGAACCAGCUGUUAUAAAACCUACUAUACCUGUUCCUACUGGUGCUGGUCUAGUUACUAAUAUACAGCUGGGAGGACUUUCUACAGUACAUAAACCACCAGUUCAUCAUUAUCCUACUGUUCAAGAUUUUGCCAGGAAAAUGGUGGGAAGCGAUAAUAUAAGCCCUGAACAAAUGCAACAGAUUAGAGAACAGAAGGAGUUAAACAUGAUGUACGAGUUGAUAAUUGCUCAGAAAAAAGCUAAAGAGGCAGCUGUAAUGGCAGAAGUUCCUGGCAUCAAAGUUAAACCUAAAUAUGAAUAUGAUUCUGAUGAAGAAGUAGAGGGUGGUACUUGGGAACAUAGGCAAAGAGCUUCAGAAAUGAAUGCAACUAAAGAAUGGGCUGAUCAGUUAACAGAUACAAACAGAGGAAAACAUUUUAUUGGAGAUUUUCUUCCACCUCAAGAGUUGGAGAAAUUUAUGGAGACAUAUAGAGCUUUAAAAGAAGGACGUACACCAGAUUAUUCUGAUUAUAAAGAGUUUAAGAUAACUUGUGAGAAUAUUGGUUAUCAGAUGUUACAGAAACUAGGUUGGAAGGAAGGAGAGGGUUUAGGACCUGAAUCACAGGGUAUUACACAACCUGUUAAUAAGGGCAAUACCAGCGUUGAUAAUAUGGGCUUAGGUAUUGAAAAACAGGCAAAUUUAAACCAAGAUGAUGAUGAAUUUGAUGCCUACAGAAAGAGAAUGAUGUUGGCUUAUAAAUUCAGACCUAAUCCAUUGAAUAAUCCCAGAAGACCAUACUACUGAUUUACAUAUUUGACACUAUUAUGAAGAAAGAGAAAUAAACUACACUAUAAUAAAGAAAAUUAAAACCUG